UAUUUCUUCUUCUUUACUAUCCAAAAUAUUCCAUUUUUAUACAAAUUAAUACGAUUCUUCAUUUGGGAUCUAUCACAUUCCAUUUACUUAUUACAUUCUUUUUUUUAUCUAUCAAACAAUCAUAUUAGGUGUUCCUGAAGUGAACAAAUUCGAGAUAGUAACAUAACAGGUGUGUUUUCACUGGAAAUUCCAAGACAAAAAAAAUACUUUCCUUUUCCCCAAAUACUCUUCUUUUUUUGUUAACACGAAGGAAAACAAAAUCUUGAAGGCAUGGUGGUGAAGAUGUUUAUUAUGUUGUAGAUGUUGAUUAUAGAAGAAAACUUGUAGAGAUUAAAAGAUCAUGCUGCAUUUGUAUUUUAAAGAAAAGGUUAAUUUUGUAUAUAAUAUGGGUUGGUUUACAAAGUUUUUCAAACGCUACAAGCAUAAAAUUUCAAGAUGGAAAUCCAAUUGCAAACAUAGUGGUGAUAAUAGAAUCCAGGAUAAUCAUCAUAUUUCAGUGGAUGAUUUGACAGAUACCGAGAAAGAAGAUAUCUACAAGGCAAUUGCACUCUCUCUAUCAAAGGAGGAUCUCAAAGGAAAACCAGUUGUUGGGGAAGAAUCUCAGUCUGAAGAAGACAAGCACCUUCACAAAAUUGAUGAGGAGGAAGAUAAACAUCUCAGUGAAGUUUGUCCUGAGAAAGAUGAGAAUUGUGGUAAAGUUCAACUAGACGAAGACGAAUGGCUAGCUAAAAUUCAGCAGGAUGAAAAUGAAUGUCGUGCCAGAGAGCAACUAGAGGAUGAUGAGCUACUUGCAAGGGCACUUCAAGAAAGUUUGAACGUUGAUUAUCCUCCUCAACAUGGCAGUGAUUCUUUAUUUAAACCUGCUCCCCAAAGUUUUCCUCCUGGAUUCAGAACAUGUGCUGGCUGCAAUGCUGAGAUUGGCCAUGGAAGAUUUUUAAGUUGCAUGGGAGGUGUCUGGCAUCCGAAAUGCUUCCUCUGCAAUGAUUGCUGUCUUCCAAUCACCGAUUAUGAGUUUUCUAUGUCUAGCAACCGUGCUUACCAUAUAUCCUGCUACAGGGAGAAGCAUAACCCAAAAUGCGAUGUUUGCAAGAAUUUUAUCCCAUCUAAUUCAGCUGGCCUUAUUGAGUAUAGAGCUCAUCCUUUCUGGGUCCAAAAAUACUGCCCAAAACAUGAGCACGACGACACUCCUCGUUGUUGUAGCUGCGAAAGAAUGGAGCCAAACGAUUUAAAAUAUAUUUUGCUUGAUGAUGGUCGAAAGCUAUGUCUCGAGUGUCUAGACUCGGCAAUUAUGGAUAGUCGUGAAUGCCAACCUCUCUACCUUGAAAUUCAAAAUUUUUUUGAAGGUUUAAAUAUGAAAGUGGAGCAGCAAGUUCCUAUGCUUUUGGUUGAGAGACAAGCACUGAAUGAGGCCAUGGAAGGAGAAAAAAUUGGUCAUCACCAUUUUGCUGAAACUAGAGGACUCUGCUUGUCAGAAGAGCAAACUGUUGCCACCAUUUUAAGAAGACCAAGGAUUAGGGCAGGACGCCGAGCCACAGACAUGAUAACCAAGCCUUAUAGACUGACCCGUCAUUGUGAAGUGACAGCCAUUCUUGUUUUGUACGGCCUUCCGAGGUUGUUGACAGGAUCAAUCCUAGCUCAUGAGAUAAUGCAUGCAUGGCUAAAGCUUAAAGGUUAUCCCAAUCUGAGUCCAAAAGUUGAAGAAGGAAUCUGCCAAGUCAUGGCUCAUAUGUGGUUAGAGUCAGAGCUCUAUUCUGGAUCCAGGAAUAAUGAUGCCCCAUCUUCAUCUUCAUCAUUGCGGUCCACCUCUUCUGCAUCAUCGAAGAAGGGUAAACGGUCUGAUUUUGAGAUGAAACUCGGUGAUUUUUUCAAACACCAAAUUGAGACAGAUACCUCAUCAGCCUAUGGAGAUGGAUUCAGAUUGGGCAACCAGGCAGUACUUAAGUAUGGACUCAAAAGUACCCUUGAUCAUAUCCAUACGACCGGAAAUUUUCCGAGUUGAAAAUUUGAAAGGCUGCAUAACUUUUUCGCCAGUAUGAACUGAUGCCUUAUUUCGGUCGAAAGUGCUGCCUCUCUAGUCCCUCCAUCCCCUCAGAUGAAACAUCAGUUGUCGGAUUAAUCUAACUGUUGAUAGUGUUGAUAUGAGUCAUUAGAUUAAUUUAACUGUCGAGUUUCUGAUGGAGUUCAGCUGCCAAUGCCAUCAUACAAAUUGUUUAUAAAUAUUAAUGUCUUAAAAAGAACUUUUUGAUAAUUCCAUAAUAGGAAGUAUAUUGAAUUGAAGGAAAAGUUACCAUAAACA